AUGCCAGUCUAUUCUGUUUCACACAUUGAAAAUGUCCGUAUCUGUGUCAUCAUGGUCGGUUUACCCGCUCGAGGGAAAUCGUUGAUUGCGCAGAAGAUUGUGAGGUAUCUUCUGUGGCUAUCUAUUAAAAGCAAAUGUUUCAAUGUUGGUUCUUAUAGGCGUCUUUUAACGCUGAGAGAGGAUACGACUUAUGACUUCUUCGACCCAAAGAAUGAGGAAGGUCUUAAAAUCAGAGCUGAGGCAGUUAAUCAGGCUGUGAAUGAUAUGAUGAAAUGGUUUGCUGAAGAGAAUGGUGUCGUGGGUAUCCUCGAUGCUACCAACUCCACAAGAGAGAGAAGAUCUCAACUCCUUAAAUUGUGCAGAGAGAACUUGAUUGAGCCAAUCUUCUUGGAGCUGUGGUGUGACGAUAAGGAAUUAAUUUUGCAGAAUAUCGCUGAUGUGAAAACAACAUCGCCAGACUAUGUUGAUCUUGACUCGGAAUAUGCCACAAGUGACUUCUUGGGCAGAAUCAAACAGUACGAAAAGUAUUACGAGACGAUGGAUCUGGCCGCUGAUGCCGACUUAACUUUCAUUAAGCUUGUCAACGUCACGUCACAAAUCAUUGUCAACAGAAUCGAAAGUUACUUGGAACUGAGAAUCGUCUACUACGUGAUGAAUUUGCACAUCAAGCCUCGUAGUAUCUGGUUGUCAAGACACGGUGAAUCCCAGUACAACUUGACUGGCCAAAUCGGAGGUGACCUGGACCUUUCCGAACGCGGUUGGAGAUACGCCAAGAAGCUUCCCGAGCUUGUACUUAAGUCACUUGGGGAAGAACACAAGCAUACAAACCUCACUGUCUGGACAUCGACAUUGAAGAGAACCCAACAAACUGCAUCAUUCUUGCCUUACAAGAAAAAGCUAGAGUGGAAAGCUUUGGAUGAAUUAGAUGCUGGUGAAUGUGAUGGUAUGACUUACGAAGAGAUUGAAACAGAGUUUCCCGAUGACUUCAAGGCCCGUGAUGAUAACAAAUAUGAGUACCGUUACCGUGGAGGUGAGCUGUACAGAGAUAUUGUCAUCCGCUUAGAGCCAAUCAUCAUGGAAUUAGAACGUCAAGAAAAUAUUCUCAUUAUUACCCAUCAAGCUGUGUUGCGUUGUCUAUAUGCUUACUUCAUGAAUGUGCCUCAAGAAGAGAGUCCAUGGAUGCUGAUUCCUUUGCAUACGCUUAUCAAGUUGGAGCCUCGUGCCUAUCUGACUCUUGUGCUGCGAAUCAAGGCGGACAUUCCAGCUGUCAGUACAUAUAAGGAGAAGGGUACUUCGCAACUUGGAGAAGGUUCAGGAAAUGAAGGGGCGGUAAAGAGUCGUGAUUUGAUAUCGAAUUCGGCCACUUAG